GGCCGCACGAGUGCCGUCCCACACUCGUCGGACGUCGAUCAUGACCGAAAUUACGUAAAAACCUUCCCUUCGCCAUUUGUCCUUCGCCCUGCACUUUCUUCCCGUUUUGCCCCUCGCCAUGGCCGUCCACUUGUCUGCUCCUUCUCCUCCUCCCCACUCCUGUUCGACGAAAUUAAGUUGAGGUCCCUGAGAUUUGCUGCAUUCCUGCGAUGACCCCCUCGUCGCCGCCUCCCGCCCCGUUCCCGGACCUCAACCUCAACCUCGCGCCGUUCCCCAAGGUCGAGCCCAAACCCGAGCCGCCCGAUCACCACCCGGCUUUGCCCGGCCCGAUCGGUCUACUCGACCCCCUUCACCCCACAUCCGGUCCGAGCCCUAGCCCCAACCACGACGCCGUCGACGAUGAGAGAGCCGCCCUCUUCGCCGAGUACCUCCGCCUCGCCCGCCUCUUUGCCGCCGCCGCUGCCUCCGGCGAUGACCACCACCACCUCUCCCUCGUCACCGCCCCCACGCUCGCGCCGACGCGGACCGCCAACUCUUCCGCCGUCGUCGCCCGCAAGAAGCGGAAGAUCCGGUCGGCGGAUAUGGUCCGCGCCUCCACCCUCGGCCUCCGCGACCGGCUCUACUUCCGCGACGUUGUCCGCCGGACCCGCAUCACGUUCGACUCUCUCCGCUCCCUCCUCCUCCGGGACGAGAACAAAGGCGACGCCUUCGAGGCGAUCUGGGGCAAGAGGAGCCGCGCCGACCUCAAGGCCGCCACCCUGAUGGGCGACCGCGACCUCUGGCUUAACCGAGACAGGAGGAUCAUCGGCGCGAUCCCCGGGAUCACCAUCGGCGAUGUCUUCUUCUUUCGCAUGGAGUUAUGCGUGCUCGGCUUGCAUGGCCAGAGCCAGGCUGGGAUUGACUAUGUUCCAGCUAGCCGGAGCUCUACCGGCGAGCCGAUAGCCACCAGCAUUAUUGUAUCUGGUGGCUACGAGGAUGACGAGGACAGUGGGCUUGUGCUGGUCUACACUGGCCAUGGUGGCCGCGGUCCCAGCAUGUUUAAGCAUUGCACUGACCAGAAGCUGGAAGGGGGAAAUCUUGCACUGGAACGGAGCAUGAAGUAUGGCAUUGAAAUUCGAGUCAUUCGUGGUAUAAAGUCCAAUCGCAGCCCCAUCGGAAAGAUUUAUGUCUACGAUGGGCUUUACAAGAUUGUCAAUUGCUGGAUGGAUGUAGGCAAAUCAGGGUUCGGCAUAUACAAGUACAAGCUUUUGAGAAUUGAAGGCCAGGAAGAGAUGGGCAGUGGGAUUCUCAAGCUUGCUGAGGAUUUAAAAGUGAAUCCAUUGAGUAUGAGGCCAGCCGGUUACUUGAGUCUCGAUAUCUCGAUGGGGAAGGAGAAAUUUCCUGUUUCUUUGUUUAAUGAUAUUGAUGAUGAUCGAGAACCAUUGCUCUUUGAGUAUCUCACUAGUCCAGUGUUUCCUGUCGAAGCUUUUCAAGGGAAGGCAAAUGCUGAUGCAGGAAAUGGGUGUGAAUGCAUCUCCAAUUGCUCAGCCAGCUGCUACUGUGCCCAGAAAAAUGGUGGAGAAUUUGCAUAUGGUGGACAUGGGAUUCUAUCGAGGGGGAAGCCAUUAAUUUAUGAGUGUGGCACCUUGUGCCAGUGCCCACCGAAUUGUCCCAACCGGGUGAGCCAGAAAGGUGUGAAGCAUCAGUUGGAGGUGUUCCGAUCAAAAGAGACAGGGUGGGGAGUGAGAUCAUUGGAUUUGAUUCAGGCUGGGGAAUUUGUUUGUGAAUUUAGUGGCAUUGUGCUAACUAGGCAGCAAACUGAAAUCCUAUCCACAAAAGGCCACUGUUUGGUGCAUCCUGGCCAGUUUCCAGGAAGAUGGGUGGAAUGGGGAGACAUCUCUGAUGUCUUACCCAAUUAUGUGUCACCAAACUUUCCAUGCUUGCCAGGCCUGAACUUCUCAAUAGAUGUUUCACGAUCAAGGAAUGUAGCUUGUUAUCUGAGCCAUAGUUGUAGCCCAAAUGUGUUUGUGCAAUAUGUGCUAUUUGAUCACAAUAAUGUAUUAUAUCCGCAUGUUAUGAUCUUCGCCAUGGAGAACAUACCUCCAUUAAGGGAACUGAGUGUUGAUUAUGGGAUUGGAGAUGAACCUGUGGGGAAGUUAACAAUGUAGCCAA